UCGUUCGCGGGACGUCAUCCUCGUUAGUGGCGUAGCGUUGUCUUGUAUCGCUCUGAUUCGGAAAAUUCUAAAGUUAGUAUUACGUGUGAAGUGAGUUUUUAUUAGUUAUUGUUUUCUUCAGUUUGAGGAAAACGGACCAGCAGCAGGCCAUGACUGCAUCGUUUCCAAAUUUUUGAUAGAACAUUAGUAACCAUUCCUAAAUCACGACAAAAAACACCAAGAUGUGCCCGGAAAAGAAGAGAUAAAAAGUAUAGAAAGGACAGGAGUCCCGUCAUGUUCUCUUUAACAAAGGGCUGCGGUUGCGUCAACUUUGGAGGACGUCGAACACGGUCUAUGGGCGACGACUCUUCAUCCUGCAGAAGUUCAGAAAUCGAACAGGAAUCGCCCAAGAAACUGACGAGAAGAGUGCUAAACGGUGACUGCACCAUGAAAGCGCUCGCCCCCUUUUUGAGAUUUUGGAAGAGAGAUGAGGUCAGCAUGACGAAGGCGGAAAGAACCAUGAAGGCAGCGAUACUAAUACAGCAAUGGUAUCGAAGAUAUUUGGCUCGUAUGGAAGUGAGAAGACGAUACACAUGGACGAUAUUCCAGAGUAUCGAAUAUGCGGGUGAACAAGAUCAAGUGAAGUUGUACAACUUUUUCAACGCGCUACUGAGCCACAUGCGCGAUACGACUGGACGUCCGUCAUCUGAGAGGACAUCGCGUACUGCGUCUGUUUUGGAGCAAGUAUUCUCUGAAGAGUCUGACGAGGGAGGUGGCGUUGAUGAGACAGCACCCCCGAAAUCGGCUCGCGGGCCAGAUAUCGAAUUCCCAUUGAAGAGAAAAGAUAUUGACUUGCUGAUUGAGGCGUUCCGAAAGAAAAAGCAUCGUUUGCACCCGAAGCACGUCGCUCAAAUAUUGAAAGAGGCAUCGCAGACAUUGAAAAGGUUGCCCAACAUCAAUGUUGCUACCACCUCGAUAUCCAGUCAGAUCACAAUCUGUGGCGAUUUGCAUGGAAAAUUGGACGACCUGCUGGUUAUAUUCCAUAAGAAUGGUCUACCGUCUACUGAAAAUCCAUAUAUUUUCAACGGUGACUUCGUGGAUCGGGGAAAGAAGAGUUUGGAAGUGCUACUCUUGCUUUUGUCAUGUAUGUUGGCAUUUCCUGGAGGAGUUUACCUCAACCGGGGUAAUCAUGAAGAUCUAAUUAUGAAUGCCAGAUACGGCUUCAUAAGAGAAGUUCAUCAGAAAUAUAAGCACAACGCCGAGCGUCUCCUCAAGCUAAUUGAGACCGUGUACCGCUGGCUGCCUCUGGGAACAAUUAUCAACAAUCGUGUAUUCGUUGUUCACGGAGGAAUAUCUGAUACCACCGAUUUGGAUAUGGUGAAGAGUCUAGAACGUGAUAAGUACGCGUCAUUGCUGCGACCACCAGUGGCUGAGGGCGGGGCUCCAGGUGCCGAAACCAUUGAUAAGGUGGAGUGGAAACAGGUGUUCGACAUAUUGUGGUCGGAUCCGCAAACAACGGGAGGUUGUGUCGCCAACGCUCUCCGCGGUGCUGGCACAUACUUCGGUCCAGAUGUGACGGUCAGUUUUCUGCAGAAGAAUAAAUUGAGCUUCAUCGUCCGGAGCCAUGAAUGCAAGCCAGGAGGGUACGAGUUGCUGCACGAUGGAAACGUAAUAACAAUAUUCUCAGCAUCGAACUACUACGAGAUAGGUUCAAACAAGGGCGCAUAUUUGAAGCUAUGCGGCAAUGCUUUGGAGCGACAGUUCGUGCAGUACACCGCGGCUGUAUCGCGCACCAGGCGGUUGACAUUCAGGCAGAGGGUUGGGCUAGUGGAAUCCUCGGCUAUGCGGGAGCUUCAUAGUCAUAUUGUGAUGGCGCGACGGCAGUUGGAGGGUACCUUCCGAAGUAUGGAUCCAGAGAAUUGUGGUUUCAUAUCUAUAAGCGACUGGUGCACGGCAAUGGAGCAAACGACGCAUUUAGGACUUCCAUGGCGGAUGUUGAAAGAUAAACUUGUGAGGACCGACCCAGAGACGAGGCGAGUGAGAUAUAUGGACACAUUUGAUUUGUCUGCUAAUAAAUUCGGUCGCAAAUCUGAUACGCAAACAGUCGCCGAAACUCUUUAUAAGAACAAGCAAAGUCUGGAAACAAUAUUCAAGAUUUUGGACAAAGACAACUCAGGCUACAUAACGCUGGAAGAAUUUUCCGAGGCGUGCCAACUGAUCGGGAAAUACAUGCCAAAUCCACUAACCCAAGAGCAAUUAGUCGACAUCUGCCGCUUAAUGGACAUCAAUAAGGAUGGUUUGGUUGAUCUCAACGAGUUCCUGGAGAGCUUCAGACUUGCGGAGAAGAGUCUGCACGAGGAGGACCACGAGCUGGCUGAAAUACAGGCCACCUGACAAGAGCUAGACCGCUAUCCUAGCAGGACAGCGGUCGAUAAAGACGAAGUUGGUGUUGAAGUCGAAUUACUGAGAAUGAACGACGACUUUAUAGCUGGCAGUUCGAGGGAACCGGAGGAAAUUGCGCUAAUUGAACGAAGACCCGGCCUGUUAGAGAGUGAUAUGUAAGUGAAGGAAGACGGGAAAUUAAGCAACUACUAGGUGCACUAUCCCCUUUAAUGAUACCAAUUGAAACUAAUUACUCUCCCCAGUACCAGCUCCUGGCUCUUGAUUUUUCUUCUUCAACAAAGAGCAGAUCGAAUCGUCUACAACCAAUCUCUUUUCGAGUGGCUAGAUCCCUUGGCGUUGCGUAGAGAUGUAGGGUCACUCUAGUGAUAAUGCUAAUUCUAAGCAACCGAAUCCAGCCUCAUUCCUCAGGUCACGGUAAUGAUCGUGAAACAGAUCCAGAAAUCUGAGGUCUAGAUCUAAAAGGUUUAAAAUCAUUAAAACAGUCGCCGCUCUACUUGUAUCAUAUAACAAAACAUUAAUCGGGGUAGCGUUACAAUAGGUUUCUUCAUUUCAAAAUUGAUGAACUCUUUAAAAUCUUAAUUAUUAUAAUAAUUUAGUUCAUUUCUAGUUUCAAUAAUGAUACGAUAGAUUACGCUACAGUUCUUUGGCAGAUGCGAGUAGAUUGUAGCACGAAGUUUGUCAUCUGACUUUAAUAUUGCUAUGUAUCCUCUAGUUCUUGCAAGGCCGUAGCGCUGACGGUGUAACCUUGGAGUCAGUUAAUGUAUUUUCUUUUUCGUUUUCUUCUACUGAGGGUAGUUCCCGAUAACCGAUAAGACGACUUGCUGUCUUCACAGCACUCUAUGCUCAGCUUGUUUCAAUCCAUUAGUAAUAUUGAGAUCCAUAACUGUCUUAAUUUGAUCAUGCCAACGGUAUACCAUAUCGACGCCGACUUCUCUCUUUCCUUGUUCAAAUCCCACUAUUCCUGCACUGCGCCACUCUCUACCAUAUACCACAUUUCCUUAAUCUGGUUUAUCCAUCAUCUCAACUUUCUUUCUGUUUUCCCUUGGACAACAGUUCAGUAUUUUCUGGUUUCGACUUUUCUAUUCUUCUUUCCCACCCAUUUAAGUUUAUUUAUUUUUAAUGUAACAUCUGCUACUUUCCUAUGAAGGCUUUCAAAAUGAUUAAAGAAGAGAAUACAACCUCCGCUGUUACUUUAACUCCCACAGCGCUACGGAUUUUGAAAGAACUAUUACUAGUAAAUACGUGAUCGCUAUUAGGAUUAAGAGUACCGGCACUGUAGCCAGAAUAGUGUUGUAGCACUACUGGAUUUUCUUAGAAAUAGAGCAAAUAGAUAUGACUGCCUAUUUCGAUUUUCUCCAACAUUUAAACUUAGUCGUAAUUUCUCUUUGCAUUCGCGUCGCAUCGAAAAUUCGGCUUGCAUUUUGUAUAAUAUUAGAUAAUUUUUCUGUUCUGUUCUGUUAAUUAAUUGGUGCCAAUUAUAAUCAAUCUAGUCAAUUUAUAGUUAGAAUUUUUAUUCAAAAGAUUAUUUUUAUAAUAAAAUUAAUGGGAACAAUGAUACUUUGAAACAAAUGACGGUGUUCCAAAAGAUAGGGAGAUGUUUUGUUUUGAGUAGAAAUAUUUUUAAUUUUAUUAAUUUUCGUAUGCCUUUUUGAGUAUUACAUUAUGAUAUAGGAGUUUAAAAUAAAUAACUGCUUAUAGCAAGAUUAUAAUAUUUUUAAAGUAAUUUCUCUAUUUUUUGGAACAAAUUAUACCACAUGUAAUUGGGAUUAAAGUUUUAUAUUUCUUUAAAUAUUUGUACUAUA